AUGGCGUCUCCACUCGAUCCAUCCAUUCUGCAGCAGCUGAAAGACCAGUUAAAAUCAUCGAAUGUCUUCACCCCCGACUCGGAAGGCUACCACGACACGCUGCUGCGAUGGUCUGAGACCGGCCAGAAACCGGCGGGCGUCGUCGUGAUGCCGGCUGAGAAAGAAGACGUCAGCACGGCUCUUCUCUGGGUGCAGCAGCAUGGCCUGGACUUUGCCGUCAAGUGUGGCGGCCAUUCCGUCUCGGGCACGAGUUCCAGCCAGGGCGGACUGGUGAUUGACUUGUCGCGCAUGAACAAAGUCACCGUCAACACGGCCAAUAAGUCCGUGACUGCCCAGGGAGGUGCGUCAUGGAAGGAAGUCGACGAAGCUGCAGCUGAAUACGACCUCGCUGCGGUUGGAGGAACCGUCAACCACACCGGUGUCGGUGGACUCACGCUGGGAGGAGGAUACGGCUGGCUGAGUGGGAUGUACGGGCUGACGAUUGACAAUCUGCUCUCGGCGACAGUUGUCCUGGCUGAUGGACGCAUUGUCACGGCAUCGCCGACCGAAAAUGAGGAUCUCUUCUUUGGUCUGCGCGGUGCUGGAUACAACUUUGGCGUCACGGUGGACUUUACCUACCAAGCCCAUGAGCAAAAGAAUCCGGUCUAUGCUGGCAUCAUGUCUUUUACGCCUGAUAAGCUGGAGAGCGUUAUUACCGAGCUGAAUGCCACCAUCGCCAAUCCGGACGCUCGAUCCGGCGCGAUGUGCUUCUUCGCGCAACCCCCUGGUGCUCCGGUGCCCAUGGUCAACACGAUGAUCUUCUACAACGGCACUCGCGAAGAAGGCGAGAAGCGUUUCGGUGCGCUGAUCGCUCUCGGCCCGGUGGUGAACACCGUCGACAUGAUUCCCUACGCGGUGCUCAACAGCCUCCAAAACCCCAUGGCCACACACGGCGGCCGCAAGUCCUUCAAGGGCCUCUUCUUCCAGCCACCCCUCGGAACGCAGUUCGCCAAGUCCAUCCUGACAGAGCUGACAAACAGUAUCCAGAAGAACCCCGAGAUGGUCACGUCGGCGUUGAUUCUCGAGUUCUUCGACAUGCGCAAGGUGUGCGAGGUGUCCAACACGGCGACGGCGUUUGCCAGUCGGAAUAGCACGCAGAACGGUGUUAUCUCGUUGCGAUGGGACCAUGCGUCCAAGGAUGCAGAGGCUAAUGCAUGGGGAGAGGAGAUUCAGGCGAAAUGGACGGCACGGCUGAACUCGGUAGAGGGCGAUGUGCCGCAGUAUAUCAACUAUGCCGAGCCCGGUGACUCUGCAGUGAAGAACAUCUACGGAGACAAUCUCCCUCGCCUGCAGCAGAUCAAGGCCAAGUACGAUCCUACCAAUCUGUUCCGCAAGAUGCAUCCAAUCAAUCUGCCAUAG